AUGGACAAUGCACCUUCGCACGUAACUUUGGAUCUUGUGCUCACCAACGUCACCGUUCAGGCUCUGCCGCCCAAUGCCACAUCCAAGGUGCAGCCAAUGGACGCCAGUAUCAUCGCUUCAUUCAAGCGCCACUACCGGCGUCUGCACCAACAGAACGCUUUGGAUCGCGAUGAUGCGAGAGCGGCCGAUCUCUUCAAAGUUGAUCAAGUCACAGUCAUGCGUUGGUCACUUAUGGCGUGGAGCGAGAUUUCGAGCACCACCAUUGCGAAUUGCUUUAAGCACACUGGAAUCAUUAAUGGGCCGACUUCUCCAGCAGUUGAAGGAGGCGCUUCAGCAGGGGACAUUUAG